UAAAAAUAAAAAAAAGGAGAUGCGUAUUUUAAUAAUUACAUAUCUGUUAUGCGUUUAUAUUAAUAUAAAGCAAGACUUGCCCCACGCUUGGAAAUGGGAUGGAAGGACAAGAAAUGGAUACAAAAAAAACGGGUUUUGAUUGGCCAAAUGUAUAAGCCCAAGUUGAGUUAUUCUAGAUCAGUAGACAUGAUCAAGUUUGCUCGUUUAUGCAAGUCCUUUUAUUCUAUUUUAGAUAUCUUCCUGGUCUAUAUGGUUUUAAUUACAAACUCUAAUCGAUUCGUCUCUAAAGAACACUUUUUUACUUUAUGAUAAAGUAUAACUUUAUGCCCGGGGAAGUCAUGUUGUCGGCUACAGGUUGUUCUGCCUCGCUGUAUUCCAACCUUUGAAAAAACCCUUAAUGGUUUGACUGGCACAUGGAGGAAUUUCCACUUUUAUUACCUAAUAUGCGCUUUCUAAUUUCAAUUCCUCUUUUUUCUUUUUUUCGUUUUCUUUUUCAUUUAGACAUGCUUAUCUAUUUAGCCUUAUUUUUCUUCUUUUUACUAUUAUGUUGGUAUUUUCGCCAAUAUAUCCUCGAUGCUGCCUCCUUCUUGGCAAACAAAACCAAUCGUUUGAUAGGCUACCAUUUAUUACCAACAAAUGCUGGCUCUUUUGAGGAAGAUAUUGAGGAUGGAUUAACAAGUUCACAAUUUGACUUACAUGCUAAUAUGGACGAACAAGAUACUCGAGCAGGUUUAAAAGACAAGGAAGAAAUUAUGAGAAUUAUGAAGAAACAAAAAGUGUCUUUUGAUGAAGCUCGUUUAAUUCGUCAGCAGAGAUUAUUAAAAAAGAAUAAUAUUGAUCCAGAAACGGGCUUACCUUUGGAUCCCAAGUUUGUUUCUUUUUAAUACCAUCGUCUUUGUACAAUUAAAGCAUAUAUUUUUUGAAACUCACUUACAAAAGCCACC